AUUUAAAACGGCCGUUUGUUGGUUUUUACGAUGCCUAUCUUUGAGUCUCUCAUGAUUUACGAAAUGUAGCUUUGUGUAUGAGAUCAUACGGAUCUUCAAUCGGAGUAUAGAGAAUCGUGGGUUAAGGUAUAUUAAGAAGCUAUUAAUACCACAGAUUCGUCCCGAUCGGAGAUCCCAGGUGGACCAACAGCCCGCUUCAGCUGUCAAAAACCGUUAAAGAAGUGAGGGGCCGAUCAGAGUUAACUGCAAACUGCUGACUGUGCGUAAUCAUGGCGGAAUACCAUGUUAACUUCAAGGAAAGUGAUGAGACAGAUCGUAGCAAGAGACUCAACGCGAAUCUGAUCGAGAGGCGUAGGAUGCAGAACAUCAACAGCGGGUUUGCAACACUCAAGAAACUUCUGCCUCCGUCGGAGAGAAAGCAGACUAAAGCGGCCAUCCUACAGCAGGCCUCCCAGCACAUCGUGCGUCUUCAGCGAGCCAUCCUUCAGGUCAAGAACGAAAACGAGUUAUUACGUCAUCGAUUAGCCACCAGCCCUGGACCACAGGGAUCCCACUACAGUCUAAAUACCGGACGCCGAGUGUUCCACCAGGAUGCGCCAGCGGCAUCAGCCAAAACCACAUGCGCACCCCAGGCAGACAUGAGGUACAGCGUUGAAUUAUCACCGCCUACUGAAACCAACGCAUGCGGUCACGUGGAUCAAGCAUGUAGGAGUUUCCAUGGUAACCUUCCACUUCCGGUACUAGCGCCGAGAGAGCUGACUAAUCCACAGAGCAAGCCACAUGCACAGCACAUGCACGCGGAAACGAGUUUUGUAGGCGCUGAGGCAAGCUUAUCACUUGCUGGCGCAGAGAUGCCCUAUGAGCAUGCGCAUCAAGGAGGGCUGCUGACCCCUCCAUUUACACCACCGCCACACCACCAGCCGCGAGGGACUGGGAUGAUUAAGAGCCAGUCGUACACGUAUGGGCUCAGCAUGCCUCACUCUGAGAACCCGGAUGUAAGGAGAAGUCCUUAUAAGAAAGCCGCGGUCACUCUCUUCAACUCGCCAUGUCAAUUUGAGCCCGAUAUGAGCAGAAUGUGGUCAGCGUCUAAUGACAGAAAGGCAUGCCCAAAGGGAGUCAAGAAUAAGCUGUUUGCAAGGCUUGAGUCUGAAACGCAUGCAAGAGAAGGAAUACAAUGUUCUGAUGGCAACUUGGACUGCCUGCUGACGGCCAUAAGUAUUGUUGAAGAGACAUAAGACUACCCUGUUGCAUCUAGAAUGGCACCUUAAUGCGCCAAUCAUGUUACAAGUCAGUAACAUAAGCUCAAACUUAUGCCACAUCCAUUAUAAAAAUAUAUUCAUAACUAACUAGUGCCGGUGAUCUGUUGGGGGUUUCUUUGCAAACGCGCCCUUCUAAUACAGAUCCGGCGAAGUCUAGCUUCUCCGUUUUUUUCCGGGGAAAACUCAACCGGUUUUGGGAUUUUUUUCCCAUUACUGGGUCUGUUACAAAGAGCUGUGUAAACCACUAGUCAAGCAGUAUUUUUGCAUUUUUUGCCAAUUUGUAUUACACUUAUAUAUGUUCUAUCGUUCGUAUUCACUUAGUUAAUUAUAGCAAGAUAAAUUCAUUGCUUAUUCAAUGUUAAAUAUCACCCACGCUGGUCGUGCAUUAAACAAUUUUUUUUAUUUCAUAUUGGUAAAUUGUGCAUAGAAAAUUCGACUGUGUUAUAUUGUGUUACAUUGAAAAUAUUAUUUUAUGACAAAUGUAAAAUAUGUAAAAAUAAAUAAUUGAUAUGAACAAAAGCGUUAUCUAGAAUAUAGCAGAUAUCUUUG